UGGCUGCAGUUUGGCGACAAACGAGUGGAGAAACGGAAGACGCCGGUUUUCAAGAACACCCUGAACCCUACGUUCAAUGAGACCUUCGCCUUUGAGGUGCCAUGGGAGCGGAUCCGCGAGGCGUCCCUCAACAUUCAAGUUAUGGACUUUGACUCCGUCGGUCGGAAUGAACUCAUCGGAAGACUCGUCAUUGCAGGCAAAAACGCGACGGGUGCUUCCGAAGGAAAGCACUGGAGCGACAUGAUCUCCAAGCCGCGACAGUCCGUGCUCCAGUGGCACAAAUUGAAGCCCGAGUAAGCCCGAUAAAAUUGGCACCAAAUCCGCAUCGGAAACAUCAAAGCUUCAGAUGUCCGGAAUUCUUGAGAUUUUCACCGUAAAAUUGAAGAAGGUAUGCAACGAAACAUCCAUCACCCCGGAAAUGCCAGCAGUUUUUCCUCCGCUUUCGCGGGGAAUUACGGACCCUAUAGCUUUCGACAGUGGUCGGGUCGAAGAUAGAAAAGCGAAGAGCAGCAGCAAGCAGCAUCACAGAACGGCAGGUCAAAAAGGCGAGGGCUUAGACGAAAAUAUGAGAGAUUUUUUCGAGUUUAUACGAUAGGGCUCGUGAUUUUAGCAAUUGUUGGUCAGCAGGGAGUAAGUUUAAUCUCUGUUCGCUUUCCGCGAUGAUCUCAAUUGGGUAGACAGACGGAGUUACAGGGACAGUAAGGAAAAGAGAAGAUGUGUUUUUAGACGCCGUUGUUCCGGAUGAAUGAGUAAGAUUUUGCCUAGAAUUCAGAAACCGAGAAAAUUAAAUUUACAAAUAAAAAUUGAAAUCGCGUAAGCAUAUAUCAACCAGUAUUUGCUCGUGAAUAAGACGCCUUGUGCACUUUACUUGAGAUUCGAAUCUAAUAACGGCAUCAAGAAUUGUUAACUUUGCAAAUACUGAAGUGUAUCUCCUAACCUAAUGGCAUGUGAUACAUGCACGAAUAAAUCUGAGUUUGGUAUUAUAAGCUGUUCAGCGUAAGAAUAAAAAUCGUUGCUUUAUAUUUUUAAGCAUAGUAACUUCUUUUCGGAUGUACUUGCAUCUAAAAUGUUCUUCUGCUGAAUAUGUGAGCAGUAAAAGUCUGAGCCCUAAAUGUAAUGUCAGAACUCAGAAGGUUCAAGAAAAUAUUGUAGUUUCAAGACAUGCCAGUAAAUUUACGAUGUAUAAAGAGUAAAGUAGAUCGAAGUCUCUCGAAAUAUACGAUAGCUUCUUAUACGUGACUCUUAGAAUAAGGAAAAGUGUCGCAGAAUAUAAAUUCCUGAAAAUUAUUUCGACAGAGAAAAUUCUGCAAAUGCUCUGCAUUCUCUAAGACGGGACACGGAUAACUCAUUUCUUAAUGGCCAGGGAGAAACAUUUUGCAAGGCGCGGAAGUUGACAAAAAAAAGCCAGUGAAAAUGUUGUUUUCUUUUUUACGAUGUGUGACCUCGUCUUGUUGCAGCGUGCGAUAUUUUGAGUGGCAUGAAAGAGGUUCAGUUGAGGAAAGCGAAGGAACGGUUUCAAGUCAGAAACGUACAUGCUUUUGAUUUGCCUCCACAUAAGCGUGGUUUUUCUUUGUUCUGUUUUUAUUUGAUGCUAAGACUAAUUGCAGUUAACUCGGAAGGUUCAACAAAAUCUACAUCAAUUCAGGGUUUUAAUUUUAUGAGGCGACCAGAACAUAUGCCCAAACAGGUUACCGGUACAUAUCGGAUGCAGGAGACGAAGGACGGUUCUGUGGCGUGCAAAAUUACAAGAAAACCGCACAAAUUAAUGCCCAGGAAAUGUUUUCACAGCUCACUUCAUGAUGAUCAAUCGAUUUUAUCGAUACCAGAACAAAGAGCUUGUUUUUCACGGAUUUCAAUAUUUUUCAGCAGAUUUUUUCCCGAAAAACAAAUCGGCGUCUUAUUUUGUCAGAAAUUUCCAUUCCUUAUACCUCUUCGGGAUUUAUCAGAAACAACGUACUGUACUACUAUAAUUUGGACUUCAGAGUACAGUGAAAAUACUUGAGAAAGUUUCACUUCAUUUCGUUGUACGAAUGUUGUUUAAAGAAGAGGCUUAGAAAAACUAAUGAAUCAAGGGAGUAUUUAAAAAAACUGACACAUUUCUGGUACAUUUUUUGAGGAGUUGGUGCAGAAUGUUUUACUUUCGGGAUUGGAUCAACCUUUCGAACGCAUGAACUUCAUCUGAAAAUUUUCCAGUCAGAAAAUGGAAUUCAAUUCGUUGGCCCCUAUGCUGCACUGAAACAUUCCAAGUCAUUAAAUAUUAAACCUCUGAAUUCAGGACAGGGAACCCUGCGGCCAUUAUUAGGAAAAUUGCAAGGCAGGAAAUUACGCAGACAAUCCCUUCCAAAAAAUGAAAAUUCUGAACUACUCUCGUUAAAAAGAAGUAUUAAUGCUCAGAUCAGCAUCAAAAAUUGAAAUCCUGCAAUGAAAUCGUAAUACAGUACUCUUCUAUCUUCGGGCAGUCGGGAGAAUGGAGAAGAAAUCUUUCGUACGCGCGUAAUUUAUUAGUGAAACGAGAGUGGCGCGUUUUACUUUUAAUUUCUACUCUUAUGGUUCAACAAAAAGGAUUUAGCUGUGCUGAUUUUUUUUUUAGAAUUUUCUUUUUUUGAAAGAGAGGAAUUCCAUUUUUUUUAGCGAAAGAAAGGUUACCGUAUAGAGCUCGAUGACGAGCUUUGUUCUGCUUCGCGUGAAUCUAUUGCGUUUUCUUUUUGUUGGGACUAUUUGUAGAGGGCGAUUUUUAGAGGAGUUGUUUCGCCAUCAAGAUCCUGAGGGAAUCAUUCAUGAUUGAGACGAGGUCGACUCCGAGGUACGAAAAAAUGCCGGUCCUGUAAAUAUAUUUUAUUUCUUUGGAUCGAAA